UUCCUGUUUGGGUGCCGCAGCUGGAAAAAUGGCAGCUGAAACAGGGAGAUACAGGAGUGCAGUUAGCAAAAACAAAGACCCCUCUGGUCUUCUUAUCUCUGUCAUAAGGACUUUGUCCAGCAGUGAUGAUGUGCAGGACAGGGAGACAGAGAAGGGUCGUUUGGAAGAAGCCUUUGAGACAUGCGACAGGGACUUAGAUGAGCUGAUUGUUCAGCAUUAUGCCGAGCUUACCACUGCCAUCAGGACCUACCAGAGCAUCACCGAGCGCAUCACCAGCUCCCGCAACAAGAUCAAACAGGUGAAGGAGAACCUACUGUCUUGUAAGAUGCUGCUCCACUGCAAAAGGGAUGAGCUGAGGAAGCUUUGGAUAGAGGGCAUCGAGCACAAGCACGUUCUCCAGCUGCUGGAUGAAAUCGAAAGCAUCAAGCAGGUGCCUCAACGGCUGGAAGCCUAUAUGGCAAGCAAGCACUACCUUCAUGCCACAGACAUGCUGGUGUCAGCCGUGGAGUCCUUGGAAGGCCCCCUGCUGCAGGUGGAAGGGCUCGGAGAUCUGCGCCUGGAGCUACACAGCAAGAAGCUCAACAUCCACCUUGUACUCAUUGAUGAGCUGCACCGACACCUCUACAUCAAGUCCACGAGUCGUCUAGGACACAAGAACAAGGACAAAAAUGCUGCUCGCCUGCCAGGCACCACGGCCAAAGAUUCAUCUCCAAUUCCUGUGUUGGAUGUCAGCAACCUGUCCACCCCACGCAAGCUUUUGGAUUCACAGUUCAGCACACCUGGAUCCAGCAGUGUGCGUGAGCUGCAGCUGGAAGUGCGGGACUUGAACCAAGCGGACCUCCCUGAGGUGGAUCCAGAGGAGAAUAGUGCUGAGUUCAUGGGCAUCCUCAUAAAGGCUCUGGCCAAGUUGAAGAAAAUCCCUGAGACCAUCAAAGCCAUAAUGGAGCGGCUGGAACCUGAGCUGAAACAGAUCGUCAAGAGGUCCACCACCCAGAUAGCAGACCAUGCAUACCAGAGAGGAGAAAACUUGGCCCAGGAGAGCCAGCCAAGGCUGCUGCUGGAUCUGUUGGAGCUGCUGUUUGAUAAGUUCAAGGCAGUGGCCCAGGCUCACAGCGUGGUGUUGGCCCACCUGCAGCGGAUCGCGGUGCAGUGCACGGGCGGCGCCUACGAAGAGGGCAUCAAACUCUACGAGCAGGCCGACGUCUCCGCCAAGAUCCAGACGGUGCUGCAGGUUCUGCUUAUGGAGUAUCUGGACGUGAAGAACAGCCGCAGUGCCACAGAGCCGUCGGCUCAACUCUCUUACGCUAGCACUGGCAGUGAGUUUGCUGCCUUUUUUUCCAAGAAAAAACCACAGCGUGCUAAGCAGUCGCUCUUCAAGUUUGAAUCUUCUUCCCAUGCCAUCAGCAUGAGUGCCUACUUGAGAGAGCAGAGGCGAGAACUCUACAGCAAGAGUGGCGAAUUACAAGGUGGUGCUGAUGACAACCUGAUCGAAGGGGGAGAAAUGAAGUUUGUGUGUAAACCGGGAGCGAGGAACAUCACCGUCAUCUUCCAGCCUCUUCUCAGGUUCAUUCAGGAGAUAGAGAUGAACAUGGGACCGGGUCAGGCCAAGCAGUGCCAACUCCGAGCCUUCCUAACUUACUACAUCAACGACCUCUUCCUCAACCAGGUGCGAACAGAGAUCAACAAGGAAAUUGAGGCAGUGAGCAAGGCAGCUGACCCUUUGAAGAUCCUUGCCAACGCUGAUACCAUGAAGGUUCUCGGCGUCCAGAGACCCCUCCUGCAGAGCACGGUGGUCGUGGAGAAGUCCAUCCAGGACCUGAUGAGCCUGAUGCAAGACCUGAGUGCCUACUCCAACCAGUUCCUGGAGAUGGUUUGCGACAAGCUCAAAGAGUACAAGGAAAUCUGCAACACAGCUUACAGGGGUGUCGUCCAGUGUGAGGAGAAGCUCACCAUCAGUGCCUCCUGGUCUAAAGACGAGGACAUCAGUCGUCUGCUCCAGUCGCUGCCGAACUGGGCAAACAUGGCCCUGCCCAGACAGACGCGACAGAAGAGAGAGGAUGAAGAGGACUUCACUCGGGCGGCUUUUGCUAAGGAGUCGGAGGUGCUGACUGGGAACCUAGGAGACAAGCUAAUCCCCCAGAAUGAGAUCCUGCGGGACGUCAGUGACCUGAAGGCUCUGGCCAACCUUCAUGAGAGCAUGGAGUGGCUGGCCAGUCGCCUCAAGACGUUCUUCACCAACCUGCCUCAUGCCUCCAGUGUGUCUCCAUGCUCAGCGGACAGCCAGGUGGUUGGUGAGAGCGAACGGAGCAAAGAGCAGAUUCUCCAGACCCUGAGUGACCUGUCUAGGGGGUUCCAGGAUAUUGCCGACCGCUGUCUCCUGGUAUUGCACUUGGAGGUCAGGGUGCAUUGUUUCCAUUACCUGAUCCCCCUGGCUAAGCAAGGCAAUUAUGCCAUCGUGGCUAAUGUGGAGAGCAUGGACUAUGACCCACUGGUGGUGAAACUGAACAAGGACAUCUCGGCCAUAGAGGAGGCCAUGGGGGCCGGCCUGCAGCAGCACAAGUUCCAGUACAUCUUUGAAGGUCUGGGACAUCUGAUCUCCUGUAUUCUAAUCAACGGGGCCCAGUAUUUCAAGAGGAUCAGCGAGUCUGGUAUCAAGAAGAUGUGCAGGAACAUCUUUGUCCUGCAACAGAACCUCACCAACAUCACCAUGUCCAGGGAGGCUGACCUCGACUUCGCCAGGCAGUACUACGAGAUGCUGUACAACACCGCAGAUGAGCUGCUGAAUCUGGUGGUGGACCAGGGUGUUCGCUACACGGAGCUGGAGUACAUCAAUGCCCUGUCCUUACUCCAUCGCAGCCAGACGGGUGUAGGGGACCUGAGCACCCAAAACAUCCGGCUGCAGAGGCUGAAGGAGAUCAUCUGUGAGCAGGCCGCCAUCAAACAGGCCACCAAGGACAAGAAGAUCACUACAGUGUAAAGAGGACAGGGUCCACAGGGGGGUUGAUGCCCCAUCAAGAAAACCUCUGUCCUAAAGAAAUGAGUUUCAGAUCUGUCUGGCGAGAACAUGUGCAACCGAUAAUUGGGUCAUGUCUGCAAAAGUAAGGAAUGGUAGAACACAAACUUGCAGAAGAACUUAAGAAGUGGGUUAGAAAAGACUGAAAUAGAGACUUGCUCUAUACCUAGAUCACAUAGUGUGUGUAAUCUGUUGAUGGAAAUUCAAUUUAUGUGAAACUGUAGUCCAGGGUUGAUACAGAUAUACUUUCCAACACUGAGCACAUAUAUAUAUAUAUAUAUAUAUAUAUAUAUAUAUAUAUAUAUAUAUAUAUAUAUAUAUAUAUAUAUAUAUAUAUAUAUAUAUAUAGAGCUGCCCUCCAGGGACCCUCAGUGUAUGCAGCACUGGCUCACUCUAAUUGGGAAGCGAGGCGACAACCAACACAACUGCAGACUUUGCAAGUUGAGCUUGCUCCGAAUCUGUGUAAUAAGGUUACCGACAGUAUGUUGUCAAUUUACACUUUUUAAAAGUAAGUACAAAUGCAGCACCACUCCACCGUGACUCCAGUUCCAGAUAAAAGGCGAUUGUCUUGGACACUCACCCGAACUUAGGCCCCAAUCUCAUCUCAUUUUCCUAUUAGAUCUAAACUGCUGCGCUCAUUUACACCUCCAUCUCUCCUCUCCUGGCAGCCCCACGAGCCCACUGAUUCUGUCUGCAAUAACAGAUGUCAGAUUAGACUGUCUGAAUGAGGCCACAUCUUCCGCCUGCUGCCAAUUGCGGUUGGUCCCCAAAGAUUUACCCGGCAGUGAAUGGCAUCAUAUCCAUGGCUGUUAAAAAUCUGUCUAUCUGUCUCUUUUCUUAUAGUUAGUGCAGUAAACUAGUGUGGAACAUUGUGAGCUGAGUAACAUCAUUUACAAAUUGAAUUGAGACUCUAUACUGAAGAUAUUUUUGCUGAUUUCAAUUUGAUCCUUCCAUAAAAAUAAAGUUUCUUGCAAAUGUUAUAAUUCUA